AAGGAAAAGUUUGUCAAUCCAUGUAACUGAUACAUCUCCGUAACUGUUUCUCUUUACUUACUCCUGCAACGCGUAGGAAUGUCUUCGUUUCUACGGAAAAUAUCUUGGACUGGCCGGGCAUGGAGACCCCUCGUCUUCUCGAAUCCCAGUUUCCAAAGAAUUUCUCUCGAGGAAAGGAUAGAAGAAGAGCGUUUCCAUGACUACGUCGCGUCUCGCUACUAUCCCGUCAAGAUUGGGGAAGUCCUGUACGACCGCUACCAGGUGGUCGGGAAGUUAGGCUUCGGAGCUAGCUCGACCGUUUGGCUGGGGCGUGACCUGGAUGGACGUCGACAUGUCGCGCUAAAGCUCUUCAUCAAUAAUCAGUCUAUGAGACAACAGCUGGAUAAUGAGCUCGAAAUGUACAAGCGCAUCUCUGCCUCUUCAUCAAAGCACCCUGGUCGCAGCGCGGUCAGAGAACUGCUUGACUCGUUCGACGUUGUUGGGCCUGAUGGAUCUCACCGAUGCCUUGUUCAUCCUCCCCUUUGGGAGAGCAUGUGGACAUUCCUGAACCGCAAUCCAGUAAGAAGGCUUCCUCCUGUGGUCCUCGCUGUCACCCUGCGUCGGCUUUUUUUGGCACUCGAUUAUCUCCAUACAGAGUGCAACGUAAUACAUACAGAUAUCAAAGGAGACAAUAUCAUGUUCGGUAUUUAUGACGACUCAGUAUUCACAACUUUCGAGGAGGAGGAGAUCAGUGAUCCAACUCCACGAAAGGAGGUAGACGGCAGAACCAUAUACAUAUCACGAGAACUUCGAAAGCCCAAGGACUAUGGCGCGCCAGUUCUAUGCGACUUUGGUUCAGCUGUUACAGGUAAUGUAGAGCAUUGCGAAGAUAUCCAACCAGACAUUUACAGAGCUCCGGAGGUCAUCCUUGAAGCCCCGUGGUCAUACAAGGUGGACAUAUGGAACGCAGGAUGCAUGAUUUGGGAUAUCUUUGAGGGCCGGCAUAUGUUUACAGGACAUGACCCCGAGUUCCAGAAAUACCGCAGCAGAGCACAUCUCGCCGAAAUCAUCGCGCUCCUCGGUCAGCCUCCAACCAAAGUCCUUCAAGCCGGCAAAGCUAGCCACAAGUUCUUCACAGACACCGGUGACUUCCGUAAGGAUAUAGAGCUUCCUGACAGAACUUCACUUGCAGAGCAAGAAGUCAGUCUUGAAGGGGAGCGAAAGGAGAUGUUUCUAGCCAUGAUGAACAGGAUGCUUCAGUGGGAUCCUGCUAACAGAGCAUCGGCGAAAGAGCUUGCUGAAGAUCCGUGGAUAAUGGCAUAUUUGUAGUAUAUCUGGGCACUUAGUAAUUGGAAGGAAUCGUGAUUUGCAUCAAGAUGUGUUGAUCAAAGACACUCC